CAAUAUUCAAUGCCAGCUCGCCAGACAUCAUAUCUGUCAUCCAUCUUUGUUUAAAAGGGUUUUUUUUGGAAUGCAACUUGCGUGGAUAUGGUGUACCCGUCGAGUUGCUCCGCGUAGUGUGGGCACUUGCCGACGGCUUCUUUCAUCUCAAGCACAUCCACAGCAUUCACAGCUAUCAAAGACACGGAACAUAGGCAUCAUUGCUCAUAUCGAUGCUGGAAAAACAACCACCACAGAGCGUAUGCUCUACUAUAGCGGACACACGCGAAGAAUUGGCGAUGUCGACGAAGGCUCAACGGUGACCGACUUCCUUCCCGCAGAAAGAGCUAGAGGGAUUACUAUUCAAUCUGCAGCAAUCACCUUCAACUGGCCACCAUCUGAUCCAAAAAGUGUUCCACAAGAUCUACCCAGCUCCUUCGACACAACGUUACGCUCGUCCAUCUCUCACAAUGUUAACCUCAUCGACACUCCAGGCCAUGCUGAUUUCACUUUUGAGGUGCUUCGCUCCCUGAGGGUCCUAGAUGGCGCCGUUUGCAUUCUGGAUGGUGUAGCCGGUGUCGAGGCUCAGACCGAAAAGGUGUGGACGCAGGCUGGCCAUUAUCACAUCCCUCGAAUCAUCUUCAUCAACAAGCUCGACCGAGAUGGUGCCGCAUUUUCCAGGACUGUGAAGGAGGUAGGCGUCCGUCUACACGGUUGGCCGGCUGUAUGCCAGAUUCCCUGGUGGAAAGGGGGGAGUGGCGAGUUCAUUGGUGUGGGAGAUGUUGUUCACCUACGCGGCAUGCUGUGGCGAGGGGCUACCGACGGGAGUCAAAUUCAACCUUCGAGUCUGCAAGAGUUGGAAGCCAAUAAUCCAGAAUUUGCAGAGGAAAUAAAGAAGGCUCGAAUUGCGCUUGUCGAACUGCUAAGCGAGCAUGAUGAUGGCAUGGUCGAACUAUUCCUUGAGCACGAUGAAGAUCACCUGGCUAUCCCAGGCACACAGAUCGUCGAGUCUCUUCGUAGGGUAGUCUUACAGACCCCUCAAACGGUCAUUCCGAUCUUUGCAGGAGCCAGUUUCCGGAACAUUGGCGUACAGCCCCUUUUGGACGCCGUGGUUGACCUUCUACCGACGCCUCUCGAGCGCCCUGAGCCUGAGAUCAGUCUCGAUCAUCGCAAAGGCACACUCGCCGAGCUCCUGGCCGGUGCAGCCAGUGCUGAAAGUGCCCCGGUAGCAAAGACAAAGGGAAAGAACGCAAAGACAACAGCUGCUGCAACGAGUGGAGUCAAUGUACCAGAAGCUCGAAAUCUCCAGGCGUGUGCCCUCGCCUUCAAAGUGGUCAACGACGCCAAACGUGGCAUACUGGUCUACGUACGCGUGUACUCUGGCUCUAUCGACCGUGGAAGCAUACUCUUCAACACCAACCUCCUCACAGCCGAGCGUGCACCCAGGCUGCUGAAGAUGUACGCCAACGACGCCGUCGAAGUCGACUCCAUCCAAGUCGGCCAGAUAGGCGUAAUCACAGGACUCAAGCACGCACGAACCGGCGACACCCUCAUUGUAUAUAAAGGCCUAACCACCCGGACACAACCAGCCGGCGGCCUCGCAUCCCUCCAACUACGACCCAUCCACGUUCCACCACCCGUCUUCUUCACCUCCAUCGAACCCAACUCCCUCUCUGAACAAAAACACGUCCUCGACUCCCUCUCCAUCCUCCUCCGCGAGGACCCCAGCCUCCAACUCUCCACGGACGAGGAAUCCGGCCAAACGCACCUCGCCGGCAUGGGGGACCUCCACCUCGAAAUCGCCCGGGACCGCCUGCUCAACGACUUCAAGGCCAAAGCCCGCAUCGGCAAGAUCGAAAUCGGCUACCGGGAGACGCCCACCACAUCCACAACCCCCUACACCCACACCCUCGACCGCACCAUCGCCAGCAAACCCGCCAAAGCAACCGCCGUCGCCUCCAUCUCCCCCUCCCUCCCCUCCCCUCAACAAGACCACCCAGACCAAGACCCCUACAAAACAACAUACACCUCAGAAGACGGCAACAUCAUCACAAUCACCCACCCAACCCUCUCCCUCGCCUCCCCAACCACAACCUCAUCCCAUCUCCCCCCCACCCUCACCCUCCCCCAAAUCCUCACCUCCAUUCACGCCGGCGCGUCCGCUGCCCUGGCCCGCGGCCCCCUCAAUCACUUCCCACUCGCCAACACCGCCGUAGACAUCCACUUCGACGCCGCCACACACAUCCACCCGGAGACGACACCGACGGCGAUAUCGACGGCGACGCGGGCGGCCGUGGCGGCGAGUCUACGCGCCGCGAACGAGAGCAGCGCGAACGUGAUGAUGGAGCCGGUUAUGCGUGUCACGGUGUUCGUCAAUGAGGCGGCGCUGGGGAGCGUAGUGCAGGAUUUGUCGUCUGCGAGGGGCGGGCAGGUGAUUUCAUUAGACGGGGGAUCGGAGGAGGAUGAUGGUGGAAGUGGUGUUGAUGAUGGGGAGGUGCUCAGGAUUAAUCCCGCGAGGAUAUAUGCGCCGCCGGAUCCGUUUACGUCUGGUGGUGCGGCGGUGGAUGUAGGCGGGGGACUGGAUAAUGGGCAGAGGCAGAUUGUGGCGAGGGUGCCGUUGAAGGAGAUGGUGGGAUAUUUGAAUCAUUUGAGGGCGUUGACCGGGGGGAGAGGCACGUUUGUUAUGGGGGUUGAUGGGUUUGAGAAGAUGGGGAGUCAGAGGCAGAAGGAGGUGUUGGAUGGGAUGAGGGAGUUUGUCUGAUGGCACUGAAAAAUGGUAUGGUGGGCAUGGAGGAAUUGGAGGUCAUAGAAUAGAAUUGUAAGAUAUGUACAUAUACAGAG